AUGGGGAAAAAGGCUGGAAAUUUGUACAUAAACCCGAAAAAGCUCGACAGUAUAGCGAAACCGCGUAUGAAGGAAAUGAUAUCAUUCCUCAACUGUAUGGCUCUUAACAAAUGCAAAGAUGAUAACUGUGAAGCUUGUGACAAGAAGGACCUGUUGAUCAAGUCUACUACUCAGAUCACAACAAUGCUUUGUGGUGGUAAGAGUCAUCAUGUUUAA